AUUAGGUAUUUUUUUGUUCUGGGUCGUGAGGAGUUUGCGUGCCGUGCGUGACCUAGGCUUCUCCCCUCUUCGGCUCUUCGUCGUCUUCCGUUCUUCAUGCGACAGGCGAAUCGGCGGGUAGAGAGACAACCGUUGUUCAGUCGUUUGGCCGUCGGGAGUCUGGUCACGGUAGUGGCUAGCUAGCUUGGUGCUCCGGUCGUUUGGCAGUUGGGAUUUUUUAUCUCUGUUGUGAUGACGAGCUUACCUGAGAGAGCUGUGAAUUCAAACUUUCCUGCAGGACAAUCAAGUGACCCAGUGGAUACACAGGCAGUUGGUUCAAAGACGGAGCAAGCAGCUAGUCACAACAGGUCUCCAAAGGCUUCCUUGUUGUUAACUCUAUUCUCUUCCACCUUUCCCAUCUUUGAGACACUCUCCAACCCAUCCUCAGCUGAUAAGAAGGAAAUUAAACCUAGAAACUAUGGAUUGACGACUGCCGUUAAGAGAGUUAUGACUGGAGGCAUGAUGAGGAGACUUCAGGAGCAUUUCCUAGGUACAAGUAAGGCUGACUUUUCAAGCUUGACCAAUGAAAUGUGGCUCUUGGGUUCUUUCUACAAAGUUUCAUCAGGAGAAUCAUCUACUGAUAUAAAUACUAAUAGUGGAUUAGCUGCAUUUUUAGAAGAUUUUUCAUCAAAGAUUUGGAUCACAUAUCGGAAAGGUUUUGAUGCCAUUGGUGACUCAAGGUUCACUAGUGAUGUCAAUUGGGGCUGCAUGAUUAGAAGCAGUCAGAUGCUCGUUGCCCAGGCACUGGUAUUCCAUCACUUGGGGAGAUCCUGGAGAAAGCCACAACAAAAGCCAUAUGAUCGAGAAUAUGUUGGCAUAUUAUAUCUUUUUGGUGAUUCUGAGGCAUGCCCAUAUUCUAUUCACAAUUUAAUUCAAGCAGGAAUGGGCUAUGGUCUAUCUGCUGGAUCAUGGGUGGGUCCAUAUGCCAUGUGCCGCACGUGGGAAACUCUUGUUCGUGCUAACAGAGACAAUGGUGAUCACAGUCAAGGAAGAACAACUUUGCCUAUGGUUUUGUACAUUGUUUCCGGUGAUGAAGAUGGGGAACGAGGAGGUGCUCCAGUUGUUUGCCUGGAUGUUGCAUCUAGGCUUUCUUCUGAAUGUAUUAUUGGUCACUCCAAUGGGGCACCACUUCUAUUGUUAGUUCCUCUGGUCUUGGGAUUAGAAAAGAUAAACCCCAGGUAUAUUCCUUUGUUGCGGGAAACAUUUACAUUUCCACAGAGCUUAGGCAUCAUGGGCGGGAAGCCUGGUGCUUCAACUUACAUAGUUGGUGUUCAAGAUGACAAAGCAUUCUACCUUGAUCCUCAUGAAGUCCAACCGGUUGUUGAUAUCAAAGCAAAUAAUUUGGAGGCCGAUACUUCUUCAUAUCACUGCAGCACCGUACGCAAUAUGCCUCUUGACUCAAUCGACCCAUCUCUGGCCAUUGGUUUUUAUUGUAGGGACAAAGAUGACUUCAUAGAUUUCUGUUGUCGCGCAUCAGUGCUUGCAGAAAGAUCUAAUGGCGCUCCACUUUUUACUGUAGCUAAGUCUUUUGAGAACAUAAAAUCUAAGCACAAUAUUGGUUCUUUAUCUGGCAGGUUAGGUGAUAUUGCAGCUAAAAAUAGUAGUAGAGAGGAAAAUAAUUCUGCUCUGGAAAAGUUAUGCGAGUAUGAUGGGGAGGAUGGUGAAGAUGAUUGGCAGGUUCUUUAGAAGAGCAGGACAUAAGCAGGCAUGUAUAUUAUUGUUGUUUGGAUUAUUUGCUGGUAUUUACUGGCUUGUUCUUCCUUCCUUUUUCUAAAGUAUUCAUUCUUUAUGUUGUGUAGAUGUGAUCAUAUUACAUGUGAAUAAAGUUGAAUUAUUUGCUAUUUAUUUCUUGCUAACA